GACAAGAUUCCGGAUGGAGGAACCAUUGCGAGCGUGAUACUGUCAACAGACAAAACACAGCUGUCGUCCUUUCGUGGUGAUAAGGUUGCUUACCCUGUGUAUCUAACUCUGGGGAAUAUAGCAAAAGGUGUCCGCCGUCAGCCAUCAAAACAUGCCACAGUGUUGAUUGGAUAUCUGCCUACCACAAAACUCUCGACAUUCGAAAACCCGUCUCUUGCUGCGUAUCGACUCUUUCAUUAUUGCAUGCGGCAAAUCCUCCGAUCCCUCACUGACGCUGGCCAGCGUGGAGUUGAGAUGACGUGUGCGGAUGGCUACAUUCGUCGAGUGUUCCCGAUCCUGGCUGCGUACAUUGCAGACCACCCAGAGCAGUGCCUAGUCGCUUGCUGCAUGCAGAAUCGAUGUCCCAAGUGCUUGGUGGGCCGAGACAAUCGCGGG